AUGGCUUCCUCUGAUCUUGCCGCCACUUACGCUUCGCUCAUCCUCGCUGACGAGGGUCUCGAGAUCACCUCGGAGAAGAUCGUCCAGCUUACCACCGCUGCCGGUGCGCCUGUCGAGCCCAUCUGGGCCACCCUGUUGGCCAAGGCGCUGGAGGGUAAGGAUGUCAAGGAGCUGCUGACCAACGUUGGUGGUGGAGGAGCUGCUAUCGCCGUGGCUGCCCCUGCUGCCGGUGCCGCUGCCGGUGGUGCUGCUGAGGAGACCAAGGAGGAGAAGAAGGAGGAGGAGAAGGAGGAGUCGGAUGACGACAUGGGCUUCGGUCUGUUCGACUAA